AUGACUGAGUCGCCAAUCUCUUUGUUAGAUUAUGCAAUUUUUUUAUUCAGUUUAUUUCUUUCAAUUGGUACUGGAAUUUAUCAGGCGAUUAGGCGUCAACUACCUUAUAACGAUUCACGAAUGAAAAUUUCGCGAAAAGAUGAAUAUAUGAUGGGUGGAAAGCAAUUACCACCAAUACCUGUUGCAUUGAGUUUAUUAACGACUUAUUUGUCGGGAAUUUUAAUGAUUGGUUUUCCUGGUGAAAUAUUCGAACGUGGUCCACAAAUUUGGCUGAAUUCAAUAAUGGGAGGAAUUGCAUCUAUUUUAACGGCAAUGUUCUUUCUACCGAUUUUCUAUAAGAUGCAUGCGACAUGUCUUCAUGAAUAUUUUGAGCAUCGGUUCCAUUCUGUGCUCAUUCGUCGGACCUUUUCAGCUUUGUUUCUUCUACAGAAUAUUUCUUAUAUGGCAAUAGUUAUAUAUGCACCUGCCGUAGCAAUUGCUAGCAUUAUAGGUGUUCAUAAAUGGAUUCUUAUUCUGAUUUUUGGUUUAAGCGCGACUUUAUAUACAACGAUCGGUGGACUGAAAGCUGUUGCUGUUAUGAUGUAUGGUGGUGUUUUUGCGUUAAUUUAUAAAGGGCUAACAAAUCCUCGUGUCAGAGGUUUUAUUCAUCCAUGGAAUCUUGCUUAUAAUACAGGCAGAAUUACGGAAUUAUGGAGGAUAAAUCCAACAAUCGCUCAAUAUAAUAGUUUAUGGAUUAAUCUUAUCAGUGGGACAGUAAUAUGGCUUGCAUAUUUUGGUUUUAAUCAGUUGGCAGUUCAACGUUAUUUAUGUUUAUCAAGAUUAUCUGAUUCGAAAAAAAUCAUUUAUGCUAUGAUAUUGCCCUAUGUGAUUCUUUGCAGUAUCGUAUCAUUUACAGGAUUUAUGAUUUUAGCUUACUACUUCAAUUGUAAUCCUUUGGAAACUGGUCAAGUACAAAAUAUUGAUCAAUUGACCGUGCUUUUUGCUAAAGAAAUACUUGUGCCUACGCCAGGUUUGCUUGGUUUAUAUGUUUCAUGUAUAAUGUCUGCUACACUUAGUACAUUGUCAUCUGGUAUAAAUAGUAUGGCAGCGGCUUUAUAUGAAGAUUUUUUCAAAAAGAACCUAGUUGGACGUAUCAGUGAUGUCAAGGCAACUAACAUCAAUAAAGCAAAUUAUUUUCUUCUUAAUGAAAUUUUUGGUUUCUUAAUUUCUCUGUAUUUUCAUUGCCCUACCAUUGUUUUGGUUAUCGGAAUAUUGUCUACGGGAUUGGCAUUUUUAGCUGAACCGCUUGGAGGAAUUUUACGAAUGUGUAUCAACAUAUUAGGCGCCCUUUCGGGUCCAUUUGUUGGCAUUUUCAUACUUGCCAUGUUUUGGCCAAAAGCAGGAUAUAAGGCAGCUUUUUUCUCACUCAUUAUUUCAAGCAUAAUUAUGGCUAUCAUUUGCUCCAUAAAUUAUCUUGAAGAUCCGUAUUCGCAGUAUUUUUUAAUAACAAAUUCUACGUCAGAAGGCUGUAAUGGUAUGAAUUUUACUGGAAGAAAAAUGGUUGACUAUGAUGCCCAUUAUGGAGAUCCAGAUUCUUCCUAUAUCGCAAGAAUUUCUACUUUUGCUUACCCCAUCAUCGGUUUAUUAAUCUUGCUUGGAAUUGGAGUGCCAUUAACAUAUUACUGGGAUGAACAAGAUCCUGCAAAAAUAAAACAUUUAACAUUUUAUGGAAGAAAUUUGCCUUGGCCAAAAGGAAAGCAUAUUGAUCUACCUGAAUUUAUUACCAGAUGUGAAAUCAAUGAAGGAUUCGAUGAGAAAGAUGUAUAA